UUUGACUUUGACUUGCAUUCACUCACAUCCUCUCUUUUAAAUUUGUGUCUCGUCCUUACGCUACCUCGUUCCUCCCUAGCAGCAUCUCCAAGUGCUCAAACAGCAUCCCCAACCUCCUUCAGUCUGCUCUCUACAAGUCUGCUCUCUACAUCCUCUGCCACCACUCGCAGAUCCAGUACUUCAGCCUUCAGCCCCUUGAACGUAAAACUUACAGUCUCAACUUCUAUUCUGGCCUCCUGAUGCUGAUCCAUUACCUUCUCAAAUAAUUCCGCCAUCGGCUUGAUGAAUUGGUAUCGCCGAUUAGAUUCGGCUAAUAGAUGGCGAGUGGUUGGUUGGUCUGAUGAUAGAGAAGUCGGGCCCUUAGGAAUCACUCAAGGUGCGGGGGUAACAAUUGAGACGAGGGAUUUGAGUGGCGAGAUUCAGACGGGGGGAGGGGGUUAUUGUGGAAGGAGUGGGAGAGGAGGGAUACGUAAAUGGAGUGGAACGGAACGGAACGGAACAGAGCGGAAAGGUGUGAGGGGUGGACGGAUGUUGAAACAAGGCAAUGGAAGGCUCCAAGGGGAAGGGACAGAAAAUUCAAAACUGAUUAAGAAUAGUAAUGGAUGGAAUCAGACUACGUUGCGGUUCCCUUUGACAUCACCUCCUAACCCUAAGCCAUCAAGUCAAGCAAUGCUACCACCAAUACCACUUAAUUUUCCUCGAGGCAAUAUCAAAAUUUUCUUCAGAUUCCCCGUAGCAACACAGCUAGAAUGCUGCUGGGGCUCUCGCCAAAAUGAUGAGAGAUCCAGUGUUCGAAAUGGACAGGAGGAGCACCUACCGGUGGCCCACCUGAAGGAUUUCAGGUGCCUGCAGUCACCCGCCCAUCCCUUUGAUAUGCCACAUAAUAUCCAAAAAAGAAAGUCCAAAAAGCUCUGCCCCAGAUACUCAUACAAGUGCAACGACCACCUCCUUACCUCCAUGAUUGCAAUGGACCCACUAUCUGUACCCCUCAUGAGCUCCAAGCUCAAGAGGAUCUUCUCGCCAACAGGUGUACUUAUCACCACUCAUGGGAUAGGGCAGCAUGCAGAGGAGAUUGACAAGAGCGACUUGAGCAACCCUAAAGAGAGUGUGGAGAACAAAAACAGAAUCUUGACAUAUUUUGAGCGACAUUGUAUUGAUAUAUUUGAUAGAGCCCUCCAUAUAAACUUCCCCGCUAACUUUGGUCCACCUGUCCAUGCCAAGCACUGGAGAGAUCGUAACGUGUGCGGGUCAACGGAGUUCAUUUUCAAAUACGAAUCAUACUCCAUACGCGGUCAUGAAGAUGGCUAA